CAAACCGCGUAACUACUUCCUGUUAGUUUCAGUUUCAGUCACCUAUCUUUCUUGUUUCUUUGUUUUUCUUACAUUUAGCUUGUCGAAGAUCAUGAUCAGGUCAGUGCUCCGGAACAGAUUCACCUCCCACAUCCUUUCCUUCACCAGAGGAUCAUGUCUGCUCACGGGUCGGAUACCUUACAGUUUGCAGCCUCGUUCACAAAGUCUAACGCCAAUUCAGCAACACCUACAUGGACCCCUUAUCCCUAAAAUCACAGCUCUGGUUAAAUACUCAGAUGUGUCCACACAGAAGUACACUAUGAUUUACACCCUGCCAUACAUUAAGCUCCUUAGAGCUGUGUCCAGGCUCAAACUUCUCCAAACUGCAAUCACUGUGGUCAUCUUGCCCCCGGUGUACAUCCUCUAUUUCCAGGGAGCCGCCUCCAGCUUUCUUGUCAGCUACACGACCGGGAUAGCGCUGUUUGCCGGUGUUAUGCUGUACACUGCCAGUCACUUCUUCAGGAGGGUUGUGGGGAUGAUGUAUCUAGACCCAUCCCAGUCCACACUCAAAGUGUCCCACCUCACUUUCUGGGGAAAGCGCCAUGAUAUCUACCUGCCAGUGUCCGAUGUUAUGACCAUUGGCGAUACAGGGGACAGCGUAAAUGAGACCAUACUGAAACUUAAGAGAUACAGCAGUCCGGAGACGCUGUAUUUCUCAACGCAUUUUGGGCGUGUGGUGGAUAAACAGGCUUUUGAGACGGUGUUUGGAAGUUUAAAAUGAUUGUUUCAAAAAAAAAAAAAGCUGUAAGGUAUUCUGAAUAGUAUCACAAUACAUGAGAUGCAUCUGUUGUCCAUGAACAAACUUCAGAAAGUAAAAAAUUAUACAGUGGAGGAUUUUUGCUGUUAUAAUUUAUAACUAAGAUAUUUUAGCUGACAUGGGUCUGAAUCAUCAACAGUUGAUAAAUUACUGGAUAAAGUAUUUUUCUUAUUGCUUUUAAAUGAAUGUUAGUAAGUAAGAGUGCAUAUUUAAAGAGAAGCAGCAGGACUGUGGCAGGUUAACAUGUUUGUUAAACAGUGGCUUUUAUGUGUGCAGCAAUAAAAUAAAAUCAAAUGAGAUUGGCCCAACAUUUUGAAUGUGUAAAUAGUCAUGUUGCAUCACCAGACCAUGGUUGCACAAAACAGGUAAAUAUCCUAACGCUGUAUCCUAACAACCAUCAGCGUGUAAGUGUGUUUGAUAGAUAAAAAGCUUAUAUAAAAGUGCUUUGAGUACUCAGAGUAGAAAUGCACUGUAUAAACAUAAUUCCAUGUACAUUUACUAUAUAAUAUCUAAAAUGUUGGCCCUGGAGAAAAAUAUAAAGUUGUUUCUUUUUUUUUUUUUGUAUCAUAUUACAUGACCUCUAACAAAAAGGUUUCGCUCGCGACUCACAAGUUUUGAGAAUGAUACAAGUAUUGGUUUUCAUUCAGUUCUCAUGAUGGCAAUUUGCAUAUACUCCAAAAUGUUCUGAACAGUGAUCAAAAAAGUUUGAUGGCUGUGUUCUCUUUGCCAAAGAACACCGCCGUGAAUAAAGAAUGGUACCAAAAAUCCUCAGAGAGGAAGUUCUCCCAAACAUCCGAGAACAGUUUGGUGAAGAAUAAUGCCUUUUCCCACAUGAUGGAGCCUCAUGCCUUAAGGCAAAAGUGAUAACUAAGUGGCUUGGGGAACAAAACAUUGAAAAAAAUUGGGCCAUAACCAGGAAACUCCCCAGAGCUUAAUCCCUUUGGGAACUUGUGGUCAAUCCUCAAGAGGCAGAUAGACAAACAAAAGCCUGCAAAUUCUGAUAAACUCUAAAGAUUGAUUAUGCAAGAAUGGGUUGCUAUCAGUCAAGAUUUGGUCCAGAAGUUGAUUGCCAGGGCAAAUUGCAGAAGUUUUAAAGAAGAAGGACCAACACUGCAAAUAUGUAAUUGUCAAUGAAAGUCUUUGAAACUUAUGAAAUGCUUGCCAUCAUGUUGAGAUUGUUCUGUCAACAACUGCUUCAAGGUAAAUAAAAAACAAACAAACAAAAAAAACCCCUGAAUAUUAAAAUUUGUUGAAGUGCUCUGAACAAUUAAAAUGUUUAUAUCAAAGGUUCCUUAAAUUUAUCUGUUG